CAACACUUGGGGCGUUUUUAUAAGAUCUUCUCCCUCCGACACUCUCUCACAAAAUUUUCACCUAGACUCCUCCCACCUUAAUACCAGAAUUCCACAUCUUUCAUUAUGGCUGACGAGGUUUACGAAGGUGCCAUUGGCAUCGAUCUUGGCACAACCUACUCCUGUGUUGCCAACUAUGAAGGCACCAAUGUUGAGAUCAUCGCCAACGAGCAGGGUAGCUACACAACUCCCUCCUUCGUUUCCUUCACCGACAAGGAGCGUUUGAUUGGUGAGGCCGCCAAGAACCAGGCUGCUAUGAACCCCGAGAACACUAUCUUCGAUAUCAAGCGUCUCAUUGGUCGCCGGUCUGAAGAUCCCAUUGUCAAGAAGGAUAUCGAGUCGUGGCCUUUCAAGGUUGUCGAUCAGGGUGGUAACCCUGCCGUCGAAGUCGAAUACCUCGGAGAGAGAAAGACUUUCACCCCUCAGGAGAUCUCCUCUAUGGUUCUGAUGAAGAUGAAGGAAGUCGCAGAGACCAAGCUCGGGAAGAAGGUUGAGAAGGCUGUUAUCACUGUGCCUGCCUACUUCAACGACAAUCAGCGUCAGGCCACCAAGGAUGCCGGUGCUAUCGCUGGUCUUAACGUGCUCCGUAUCAUCAACGAGCCUACUGCCGCUGCUAUUGCUUACGGUCUCGGUUCUGGAAAGUCUGAGAAGGAGCGUAAUGUUCUGAUCUACGAUUUGGGUGGUGGUACUUUUGAUGUCUCUCUCCUCAACAUCCAAGGAGGCGUCUUCACUGUCAAGGCUACCGCCGGAGAUACUCACCUUGGUGGACAGGAUUUCGAUACCAACCUCUUGGAUUUCUUCAAGAAGGAAUUCCAGCGCAAGACCGGAAAGGACCUUUCUGGGGACCCCAGGGCACUCCGCCGCCUCAGAACGGCCUGUGAGCGUGCCAAGCGGACUCUGUCAAAUGCUACCCAGACAACGGUCGAGAUUGACUCUUUGUUCGAUGGAGAGGACUUCAACUCUUCCAUCACUCGUGCCCGUUUCGAGGACCUCAACGCUAAGUCCUUCUCCGGCACUCUUGAGCCUGUUCAACAGGUUCUCAAGGAUUCUGGUCUUGAGAAGAGCCAAGUUGACGAGAUCGUGCUUGUUGGUGGUUCCACUCGUAUUCCUCGCAUCCAGAAACUCCUCAGCGAUUUCUUCGAUGGCAAGAAGCUCGAAAAGAGCAUCAACCCUGACGAGGCCGUUGCCUACGGUGCUGCUGUCCAAGCUGGUAUUCUGUCCGGAAAGGCCACCUCUGCCGAGACUCAGGACCUUCUGCUGCUAGAUGUUGUUCCCUUGUCCCUUGGUGUCGCCAUGGAGGGCAACAUCUUCGCUCCCGUUGUUGCCCGUGGUCAAACUGUUCCCACCAUCAAGAAGCGCACUUUCACCACUGUAGUCGACAACCAAACGACUGUCCAGUUCCCUGUUUACCAGGGCGAGCGUACCAACUGUGCUGACAACACCUCCUUGGGCGAGUUCACAUUGGCCCCCAUCCCCCCAAUGAGAGCUGGUGAAGCUGCCCUCGAGGUUGUCUUCGAAGUUGAUGUCAACGGUAUCCUGAAGGUCACUGCUACCGAGAAGUCGUCUGGCCGUACCGCCAACAUCACCAUCUCCAAUGCUGUUGGCAAGCUAUCCACCACCGAGAUCGAGCAGAUGAUUGAUGACGCCGCCAAGUUCAAGUCCAGCGAUGAGGCUUUCACCAAGAAGUUUGAAUCUCGUCAACAGCUUGAGUCCUACAUCUCUCGUGUUGAGGAGAUCGUUUCUGACCCCACCAUGUCUCUCAAGCUUAAGCGUGGCAACAAGGAGAAGAUCGAGUCCGCUCUCAGCGACGCCAUGGCACAGCUUGAGAUCGAGGAUUCCACUCCCGAGGACCUCAAGAAGAAGGAGCUCGCUCUCAAGAGACUCAUCACCAAGGCCAUGGCUACCCGUUAAUUAUUCUGAGCCUUGUUUUGCUAUUAUAAUUGUAUGUCUUGAGACCAGGGAGCUUGCCUUCCGUGUUACCCUCCCACCUUUCUUGCUGUUUUUCGUGAAGAAGCAUCUUGCUACACAUGAGAUCAAAGACCAUUAUGUUACCUACGGACCCUUUCUGGAUUUGAAAGUGUUUAUUUAUGAUUUGGGAGACAAAUAUGAAAAGUAUUUUUUUUUCCGUGUUAA